AUGCCUGGAGAAAAAUUCACCAAUUCAAGUGUUAGCCGUGGGAAGACCACUUUCCCGAAGACCCAGGCAGAACAAGAAAGUGUCGGGGUUCGAUGGGACUACGAUGGAGAGGUCACCAAAGCGGAUGUGGUUUACCACAAGUUCCAGAUGCAGCCAAACGCUGGGAAAGUCCCCUCUUCGAUCAAAACAUGGAGGGAAGGCCAUGGUGGGACACAUGCAGUCAUGGCCACUGCCCUGGUCAAGAAAGACGGUUCGAAGGAAGAUGCAGAGAAGGGCUUGAACGACGCCGCAGCUUCAGUCCAGACUUGA